CUCCCCUUUCUGCGGCGGCACAUUCAUCAUGGGUCAUGGACAGUUCGUGUCGACGAUGCUCGUCCACACGACGGUGGUAAACCCUGGUCUGAAUUGGAUCCGCGCACCCGGUCGCUUUUCCAAGUCCGUCGCGAUCUUAUACUCGAUCGGCUUCCUCAUCGCCAUCGCAAGCGUCUCGAUCGGGUACGAAGUCGCCAACAACCCGCCAAAUUUCUACGUCGUCAUGGGGGUAUCCCGCGACACUCCAUUUUCCGAGAUCAAGAAAGCGUACCGAUCUCGGUCUGUGGAACUGCAUCCCGACAAGAACCCGUCGCCGAAUGCCGCGGACGAGUUCAAGCGGCUGCGCUUGGCGUACGACGUGUUGAGUGAUUCCACAAAGCGCGACGUGUACGACUUUUAUGGCGAGGACGACGCGCUCAAGGAGGAGGGCAAAGCGCAAUCAUCGUCCGACUUGGGUCAGAUCACGUCCCUUCUGUCGUACUACGUCGUGUGGGCCAUCUUGACGUACGUGUUGACUUUGGGCGACGCCCCCGACGUCCGUGCGUGGGCGUACUCUGGCUGUUUGUUGAUGCUCGUGGCCGAAAUCAACAUUACGUUGGCCAAGGUCGGACUGUCCAAGGCGUUCUUUCCGCAGAUCACCGUGUACGAGCUAGUGCAGUUCAUGCACUUGUUGUACCCACCGUUUAUGAAUGGCUGUCGGUCGAUGGGGGCUUUUUACGUGCGCAAUCUCGUCCAGGAGAACUACGACUUGAGCAUCGAGCUGCUCAAGAGCAACAAGAUGAUUCUCAUGGGCAUGCGACAACUCAACGCGGAAUUGCAAGGACUCGGGCACCCGCCCCGCCGCCCCAAGACGCAAAAGCAGCAUCCGUCCGUGGUUGGUGCCCCCCCCGAUGGCGGCGUUGGCCAACAACCCACCGCCGAAGAAGCCGAACUCAUUCAACCGUCGCCUGCCAUCAACAACGCCGGCGGGUUUGCCGUGCCCAAGUUUGUGUACGCGAUUGGGUUUUACUUGGUGAUGAAUUAUAUUUUCGGUUGAACCAAAAUCAACAACGCCACAAUCAAUAUACCAUAACAGUCUAUAUACGAGUAUUGCAAAACUAAACACCCCCCCGACAUUGUAUACAGUAAUCAUGUACCUCCGAUUGGAAAUAAUUGAUAAGUUUCACUUUGUUGAGCCUUGAACAACUGUAUCUCAGUCAAAAUUGGUUAUUGCCUUGACAAUGGGUAUUAAUAUACUUCCAGGAAG